AAAUGGACGACAGAAUGGCCACACAGUCUACAACACCCCAAAUAUGUAAACAGUAGAAUAUUUCAUGGAUCUGGGAGAAGCUUAGCCACCCAGUGUCAUGUCGUGGUUUAAGCGAGGAAGGAACGACUCCAAGGCCUCAGGUCAGUCCAGUGAUGAUUCGGCAGAAGCUCGCUCGCGCGCAGAUACAGACCCUCAGACAUGCCUGGAAGUCUUUCAGAAUCACUGGAAACAGGCCUUAUCAAUUAUCAAAAGAGGGAAUGGCUCAACUAACAGUCAAGUGUGCAGUACAGAUGAACAAGAAGCAGUUCUGCAGAAUGUGGAACAAAUGAUUAAUUUGCUGGUUGGUGAAGUAGGUUUAGACGAAAAUGGACAAGGCAUGCCCGGUCCUAUACUCCAUUACCUUCUAGAAGAGGAUAUCUUUGACCAGUUUUGUAACUGGUGUCAUUACAAUUCAAUGAAUGGGGACAAGCUUAAGUGUGAGCAAUUACGGAUUUUUGAGCAGCUUAUUAGUCAAUCUCAGCAGCUGCUUCUGAUUCACAAGGCCAUCAUACAGCCUCUACUGAGACUCUUGUACUUGUGUGCUGAGGGGAGUAAGACGAGUGACAUCGAGAGUCGUCUAGUUCUGGUGCUUCAUCAGCUGUGUGUGUGUAUUUCCCAGGAAACCGUCAUUCUGGAGAGUUUCUUCAAUGCCAGCACAAAUCAUGGUCCUACUAAAUUCCUCAUCUUUUCACUCUUAAUUCCGUACAUACAUAGAGAAGGCAAGGUUGGUCAGCAGGCAAGGGAUGCUCUGUUAUUGAUUAUGACUAUCUCUGCCAGGAAUCCCCAUAUUGGACUCUAUAUUGCAGAAAACUCCGACUUCUGUCCAGUUCUUGCGACAGGUUUAAGUGGUUUGUAUUCUUCACUUCCAAGAAAAAUCCCUGUUUAUACGGAUGAAUGGCAUCAAUUUUCUCAGGAGGAUAUUAGCUUGGUCCCUGAACUACAAAUGUUUCUCAACUCCCUAGAGUUCUGCAAUGCUGUCACACAGGUCAGUCAUCCAGCAAUCCGGACUCAGCUGAUAAAGUUUAUCUACGAUGGAUUCUUGGUGCCUGUCCUUGGACCAGCACUGCAUCAGAUGAAUGAUGAAUCAAAAGACAUUUCGGGGCUUCCGUUGACACUUGUCGAUUCACCCAUGUUUUCGAACUCAAGAGAGGAGGUUAUAGCUGCCACUGCCUACCUAGAUUUGUUCCUGAGAAAAACUACAGAGCCCAACCUGCUACGCACUUUUCUUAAGUUUAUCCUUAUGGAGCAGAAUGAUGAAAUUGUCAUUCUGGAUUCCCUAAUUACUCGUAUAAAUAGCAGCUCAAAGCCACUCUGUGUUGUAUCAUUGUCACUUUUUAAAACUCUGGUUGACCUAAACUGUGAAGAUGUCAUGUUCCAGCUUGUCUUCAGGUACCUCAUUCCAUGUACACAUGUCAUGGUCAGUCAGCGACGUAAUGUCAGUGACCUUGACCUUCACUGUAAAAGUGCAGAACGCUUUCUUUCACUCCGUCCAAAUUGCUGCAGAGCUGAAUUAAUAGGAAAGAAAGGACCUCCCAUACAAGAGAAAUAUAACCAUAGUGACGCUAACACAUCACAUCGCCCUAAACAUGGCCUGAGUAGUUUUCUCAGAGCAAGAAAAAAGGAGAGGGAUUAUCAAAAACAGAGGUCAGCCACUGUAGCUACAGAUCAACCAAGUACAGCAUUUCCACCAGGGACAUUUGGAAGCAAGCUGGAACAUUAUGAGACUAAUUAUUAUGACUACUUAGAAGAAGCUAGAUGUCAGCUUGAGAGUUGUGCCAAAGCCUGCCAGAGAUGGGCCUAUCCUUACGACGGUCAGUCACCAUCAAUGAGUGCCUUAGAGGACUUAGCUAACCAGUCAGACUCCAGGCAGGAGAGUUUCUCAGCAGAUACAGGACUGUGUAAUGGUGGUGCCGGUUCUCUGUUAUCAGAAGACCUGAGUGGCUCCGAUGUUGGUUCCAUGAUGAGGUCCUCCGAGGUUGAUGAGGUGUUUAGUAAUUCUUGCCAGUCCUCUGUUCCUGAUUUAUCCUACAUUCUAAGGAGCUAUGAUUCAGACAGUUAUAAGGCUCAUCCAGAAAAUCUAAAGGACUUUGUCCAAUAUCUGGAUGAGGUGGCCACUCCACCAGAUAUGGAAAACAGUUUUGAAGAAAGUUUAGGUUCUUUAGACUUGGUUCUUCAUAGUUUUUGUUCCGAAACAGACAGCAGCAGUUUAACUAGUGAUACCACACCUGUGACUUGUACUGAUUCUAAUCUUAGAGAUUCUAAUAAAGCCAAGUGUGAUGGGACAACAUUUGAAGUUAUAAACACUAAGGAUGGGGAAGGGCUGGAACCUUCCAGAGGAAAUUCCUCACAAGACACCACCAGCUAUGUAGAGAUCUCCAUGUCAAACUUUGUCAGUGACGUCAACGUUCAGACUGCCCUGUCAUCCAUGCCACACAGGGUGUCUGUGAACUCGGUUGACACGGUUACGGAUUGUAAAUCCUCGCGGGAUGAAUCAGCCGUAAAGUCUGUUAGUUUUAAUUUAACGGAUUCUUCUAUGCAAAAUACCACCACUGUGCCUGCUGUGUCAAAUUUGGAAAAGCUAGCACCAAAUAUUGGCCCCUUUCUGAUGGCCCUCUUUUCCAAGCUGGAUGGAAUGAUGCAGAACAGCCUCCCUGUGAACCUCCUGCUCACGGGCCUCAUAGCCCGCCUGGCUUCCUAUCCCCAGCCUCUUCUUAGGUCUUUCUUACUUAGUCAUAAUCUUGUAUUCCAACCCACAGUCAAAUCCCUUCUUCAGGUGCUGACUUCACUAAAACAGAAGGUGGAUCAUUUUGCUUACACUGUGCCAAACUUUGAUGGACUCCUUCUCCGAGCCAAGCGGACACUUAUAGCCCGAGAGGAGGAAUGGAGGCUAGGGUGUGUCACAAUAAGUCCCUAUAGGAUAAACACUGUCAGUCCCGUCAAAGCCAGACCUGUGGCAGAAAACAAUAAUAAAGACAAAAGGAAGUCCAGUUUAGCGGAGUUUUUCUCUCGCCGAUCUCCAGAUAAAAGAGCAACUAAAAAGGGCCCUCAACUGCAGGUUCUCCAGGGAGCAAAGGGAUUCCGAUACAUUAAUUACCAGAACAGACCUCACGAAAUAUCUCAGAACCCCAUGGAUGCCCCCAAAAUUAGAAAUGCAGUGUUCUGUGCUGUGAUAUUGGAGGAAUUUGUGAAGGAACUGGCAGCUUACAGCCAGGAGCAGGCUGUUUUGGCUCACUCUGAAAUCUGACCCCAGGCUACAGUGAUAUUGUUUUUGUAAACUGUUAAUGUCCACACAUUUCUCUCUCUCUUUCUAGAGCACAUAUCAAAUGAAUCCAAUUCAGUUAUUUUGUAUAAUUAGACUAGAGUAAGCUAUGAUAAUGCUAGCAAAAUUUUUAUCAUCUCAGUUUGUAUUAUAUUUUUUGUGAUAUUAAAGGCAUAGGAUCCAAGGCCUUGGAGUAAAUUUUUCAUUAUUAUAUAAGUAAUUAUUUUGAAAAUUAACCAUUUUUUAAAUUUAUUAUGGGCUUCAUUUAUAAUGAUAUUAUUCCUAGAAUAUAUCCAGGUGUAGUGAGUAUAUCAACAUACGUGUAUAUCUCUUACCUUACGUUGGUGCUCAGAAAUGUUCACACUGGUAUCUCGAGUUUCUAAAAAUCUACCACAGCUUUGAAUUUAAGAUCUAACCAAAGAUAAAUUUCUUUAAACUGAAAAUAUGUUUUAGUUUUAUUGAUUACAGAUUCUUAUUUUGUACUGCAUUUUCUUUUAAUGUUGACAUAUUUUCUUCCCCUCAGUGUUUUAUGGAUGUUUUACAGGCAAGAUGAAAUCUUGUGCUUUGUUUUAAUGUUUAUCGAUGUACACAAAGUAUUUUUAUACAAGUGGUAUACAUGUACCUAUAUAAUUAUAAAUGUUAAACACUAUGCAUAUUAUUGUAUUUACUGGCUUAUUGCUACACAGCUUGAUAUCCCUACAGAAAAUGUUGAUUUUGGUUUAAGGAAAUAUUGUUGUCCUAAUAAUAAGGUUGUGAAGAGCCAGUUGUAUUUCAGAAUACUCAUUUUGCUUGUAAUGGAGGUUAUAUAUUUGUUAACUUUAAUAACAUUUAUAAGGAUUUUUUUUUCAAGUUUAUUAAAGCUGAACACGAUUCAAAAAUCUUUUUCUGCCAUAUUUCUUUCCAUUAGUUUUUAUUCCUAGAGCCCCUAUAUUAAUUCUUUCAUUUGGUCAUGGUUCAUUAUUUUUGGCAUUCCAGUUUUCACCUGUUUUGAUGUAUCUGAAAUUGCCAUUGUUAGAUACUGUUAAUGACAAAAAAUACUGCAUGCAUCUUUCACCAUGGAGAAAAAUUACCAAAGAAACAUGACAUCAAUUGCACAG